AAAAACUUGCGCCACCGCUCUUCGCCUGCCUAUCUCUGUUGCCGACACGCCGCCGCCCACCGCCGCCACCUCUCCUCAUCUCCCAUCCCGGGGACAGGGAAGAAGACCUAGCAACUCACGUGCUUCUUCCUCCUCCUCAAGCCGCUCCUUCAGGCUGCACCGCCGCGGCGCGCGAGCUCCUCCACCGUCCACUCCCUCCGCACCUGCCCGCCAGGCCGCCGCUAGCUGACCAAGGCGAGUUGGUCGACCGGUCUAGCAAAAUGGGCUCAAAAGCGAUCUUUCGAGGAAGAAACUGUAUCAUAUGGAGAUUGAGCUGCCAGAAGAAUCGAACGUCUGUUACCAUCAAUAUUAACAUUCUUGGUAAUAAUGGCAUGUCAGAUUAUGUCCAUUCAGGGAAGUCGGCUUCAGAUCAUUAUAAAACUAAUAAAGGGGCUGGAUUGGAAAGUUUGGCUAAACAUCAGCUGUUACGUGAUUUAGUUGACAGUGGUUCGAGGAAAGGAAGGCACGAUGUUAUUUUACCAUUGCGAUCUAGUGCUAUGUGGCAGACUCUUCGGUUUGCAAGCACUAAUGCAGCUAGAAGACCCGAGUUUGACAGUGGCAAUGAACAGGAGGACGAUCAAGAUAGGCAGCAAGAGAAAGACGUGUUAACGGAAGACUGUGUGGACUCUACAGCAGAAAUACGUCCUGCCAAAGCCAAACCCGGAGCUAAGAAUGCGGAACAGUCCUCUGUGAAACAGAAGUUCUGGGAAACUGUUCCUGUGAUUGGCCCUGCAAUGAAAAGAGCAGCUUCCAUGAGCAGUCACAAGAAGGACGAGUUCUUUUCAACCUUGCAGCACUACUGGCUUGGAUUGCGACUGCUGUGGCUAGAUGUUAGGAUUUCGUCCAGAUUAUUGCUGAAGCUAGCCAAUGGGAAAAGACUCUCCAGAAGAGAGAGGGGCCAGCUGACCCGUACAACUGCGGACAUAUUCAAGCUGGUCCCCUUUUCGGUUUUUGUCGUAGUGCCAUUCAUGGAACUUUUGUUGCCUGUGUUUCUAAGGAUGUUCCCAAACAUGCAACCGUCAACAUUCAAGGACAGGAUGAAAGAACAGGAGGCACUAAAAAGGAAACUCAAAGCAAGGAUGGAAUAUGCCAAGUUUCUACAGGACAUUGUGAAGGAAAUGGCAAAAGAAGUGAAGUAUACACGUAGUGGAGAGAUUAAGCAAAGGGCGGAGGAUAUUGAUCAGUUCAUUAAGAAAGUAAGGACUGGUAUGCAUGUUGAUAAUGGUGAAAUAUUGGGUUUUGCGAAAUUAUUCAGUGAUGAGCUAACCUUGGAUAAUAUGAGCAGGCCACGUUUAGUAAAUAUGUGCAAGUAUAUGGGGAUCCAGCCAUAUGGGACAAGCAAUUAUUUGCGCUUUAUGCUCAGAAGAAAACUAAAAUGCAUAAAAGAUGACGAUAUAUUAAUACAGAGAGAAGGUGUAGCCUCUCUCAGUGAACAUGAACUCCGUCAGGCCUGCAGGGAGAGAGGCCACCUCGGUUUGCUUCCAGUAGACGAGAUGCUUGAAGAGCUGCAAGAUUGGUUGGACCUGUCUCUCUACUGUGAAGUGCCAUCUUCUCUCCUUAUACUAUCCAGAGCCUUCACAUUUUCUGGCAAGAUGAAGCCUGAGGAUGUUGCAGCUACACUAUCAUCCCUUCCUGACAACAUAUUCGGUAGUGUGGGUCUUAGCUUGCCAUCUGAAGAUGCUCUUUCAGCUAGGAAGAGGAAGUUGGAGUUCUUGAAAAUGCAAGAUAAACUUAUCAAGGAAGAGGAAAAUGAACAAGAGGGCAUGGUGGACAAGGAUGUGCCGUUCAAUAAAUUCAGUGUCAAGGAAGCUGGUGAUCUGGCAAAAAAGAGAAUGCUAGAGAAACAGAAAGAGCUUUGCAAAGUUAGUCAGGCAUUAGCUCUUUUGUCUUCUGCAUCGUCAACUAGCAAGGAGCAUCAAGAAUUCCUAAGCAUUGUGCACAGAGAGAUAGAAUUGUACAACUCACUGCGUGAAGGUUCGACAGCAGAGGAUGCUAAUGAGGCGUACGUAGCUGCUAAGGGGAGUAGAUCUGCAAAAAGUUCAGUAUCGUCAGCACUCAUGAAAAAGAUAAAUGGCAUGCUCAAGGAACUGACAAAGGAAAUCCAUGAUGUAGACACGGCCAUCGGUGAUGGAUGGCAGCUUCUCGACAGGGAUCAUGACGGUAAGGUGACGUCGGAGGAGGUGGCAGCCGCGGCCGCGUACCUGAAGCACAACUUGGACAGUUCAGGCAUCGAGGAGCUCAUCGGGAGCCUCUCCAAAGAUAAAGACGGGAAGAUCCUGGUUGAGGACAUCGUGAAGCUUGGCACACAAGCUGAGGAGGCAGAGCCCAACGACGAAUGACGGCAGCCUCUAUCUAGCACUAAGAAUCAAGAGAAUCGCCAUCUCUUUUUGUAACGCAUGUCGUCGUGGCCCGUCGGCCUAAUCUUUUUUCUUGAGCUUAGACACGUGAAAGCCCUGUAAACCCUCCGUUUUUCCACUCGCCGGCACACGGUUUGCCUCGGCGUCUGUACAUAAUCCGCCCGUCA